AUGGCUCCAUCCAGCGAAACACCCGACGACAAGCAGCUGUCAAAUGCCCGGCACUACCCUCUUGACAUCGACCUCCCCUUCGACAAUUACGAGCACCGCCUCGUUGCCCGCGACAUCCUCGUCCACCGUGUCAUGUCCAAGCUCCUGUUCCCAGGCAGCAAGGGCCUCGCCCAGGCCUACGAUAUCCACCGCAGCCACGAGAACGGCCUCCACAACUUUGGCCCCAUCAAGCGCCACGACAAAUCUCUUGCCAGGGAUCUCGAGCUGCUGCGGAAGAUGCUGACCACCUGUAGCGUCGCCGACGACCACUUCGAGCCUUCCUAUCCCUCUGCGCACGCCAAAGUGCUAUCUUCUACCGGACUCUUACAAGCUGGCGCCCCGCCCAAAACAUGGCACGUUCCAGCGGAAGAGCAGGGAAGGGUCCGCGUGACCGUUGGAGAAGAGAUAGAGGACCUGGUGAGGAGACAUUAUCUCGAGACAGACGACGCCUGCUUGAGGUUGUGGCUGCAGACAAUCCAGCCACCCAGCCUGUCCUCGUACAACACCUUGCCCACCGGCUCGCGCGCCGAGCACACUCAUGCUGCAAUGGCCCAGAGGCGCAAAAGGCAUGAUGCCACAGAAUUUGCCGGGGAUGGAAAGAAGUGGUACAAGGAAGAUACUCAGCGCCUGGCAGACAUCCGAAAAAAGAUGCGAGAAACACGUCUGCCGCCCUUGCACGACGGGGGCGCGUCCCUCCCCCAGCUGCGACUACGAGUGCUGUCUUCCAAAGCGGCGAGGGUGCAGUACCUGGCGAGUAGCACGGAUAUAGCGAAGGACAUCCUGCUUCUCCACCAUGAAAGCUUCCGGGACCGCAUAAUGGACAUGGUAUUCCCCUGGCCUGAGGGACCGGCGCCCAGACGGGUCUUACAUGUUCCGUCAUGCGGCUCGCGGUCCAAGAAGCAGUGGCUGCAGGCCAUGGAAUCAUCGCCCCCAGUUGACUUCUCCAGUGGAAUGACCGGACGGGGACCGCAGCGGAGCGCGGUCUGGUCAACAGCCGCGUGCGGCGAUGGCGUCGUCGAGAGGGGCAGGUCAGCUAGGCGCUCACGUCGACGUUCAACGAGCGAGCCACCGCAUGGCAUGUUCACCUCCGCCCGCCUUCCGCGGUCGCUCAACCGCCUGAGGGGCACUUUGAUAUUUCCGCAGAUGAAGCUCGGCACAAUGUACCAACGCAGCCGACGGCGGAGCCUCAGCAGGACGCGGAUCGCCGAGAUGUUUGACUGGAAGACCCGGCCCAGACAGGCAUACGAACAAGGGAGGCGCCAGAAAGAGGCACAUGACGAGGACCAACGCGGCUCUUGGCAGGCACCGUUAACCCACGAAUACUCAACACGCCUGCAUGCCCUCAGUGAAUGCGUACAACACACCAUUCUCCUCUACGGCAUGGAUGUCGAAAAGGCCGAGUGGGCGCAGCUCGACAGAAUGCUUCGCAGGGUCUUGGACGAGGCAGACGGGUACAAAUCUGGCGAGCGUCCAUGCCAAAACUGCGCGGCGCGGCACCUGACUUGUCCAGAGCCAUGCGGGUUCUGCGGCGCACCGAGCCCUGACAAGGGCGGCGAACACGAGGCAGAGGGGACGCCGAGCGCCAGUGUGCAGCACAGAAUGGGCCCCAACCGGAGGAAUCCUAGGAAGAAGAGAGGAACGGAGCCCAAGGACAAGGGGAACGAGAAAGAGGAGGCAGAGCUCCCUUGGUACACCCCGCUGCAACCGCGCACCCGACCCAUCGUCGUGUCCAAGUCUGGCAAGAGGAAUGCCUGGAAAGGGCCCGCCACCAAGUGCUAA